UUGCACCAGAGGACAGCCUAAAUCAGUGGGUCAUGUUACAAGCCGUUUGGGUUAAAGCCAAUCUGCAACAGCACAAACUCGAAUAACUGCCGGAAACCUUUAGUAACAGCUUUCUUUCAGGUCCCUACUUUCAGUGAAAUCGGCCCCAUUUUCCAGUCAUGUGGAGUUGGAUGUUCGUUUCUCUCCUGAUAUUGGCAGAAGGUAUUUCUGGUGGUCAGUGUUCUGUAAUACUGCCAAAACAUGUGUUGACAGUAGUUGGUGGAUGUGUAGAAAUCCAGUGUACUUUUGAUAAUGCGAUAAAUGACACCUACCUAAUAGCGAUUUGGAUAAAGAAGGCUGUUGAUGCUGUGAACCCCAGCGCCUCGGUGCUUUAUGAUUCAGAACAUCCAAGCAGAGAACAUAUUAACUAUACUGGGAGAGUUGUGUUUGCUGGCAACUUGGGAAAAAGACAGUGCUCCCUUCUCAUAAAUGAUACCAGGAGGAGUGAUCAGGGAACAUAUCAAGUCAUUUUGGUAUUCGUUUCAGAAGUCAAUGUCACUGAACAUUCUGAGAUCGAUAUCUCUGUUUUAGAAAAGCCAACAAUUGCACGUGUUGGAGAAAUUAUUGCAGGGCGAAUUUUACGAUUGAACUGUUCAAUAACUCAGAACUGCCCCAAUGGCAGUCUACAAUUGAAAUGGACGUAUCACAACCUGUCAAUUCCUCUUCAAUUGGACGUCGAAGAAGCAGGUGAAAUAAUCGAUGAAAGUUCAGGGUCUCGGACAGUUUCAUCCGUGCUAACAUUAAUUCCAUCAGCUGUCAAUCAUGGGACAAUGCUCAAAUGUACAAUUACAAGUGACAGCUUCCAAAUCUCCUCUUCUGAAACUCUCAUCUUGCAGGUUAAGUGUGAGUGUCUGGUCUAAACAUCUUCAUUCUUAGAUGUUGUACCCAGCUUUUUUACUUGCCAUUUGAUUUGUUUCAGGUGUCGGUUAGUUCAGUUGGCUGGAUGGUUGGUUUCUGAUACAGACUAACACUAACACUAUGGGUUCCAUUCCCACAACAGCUGAAGUUACUGUAAAAUGUUCGAGCCCUUGCCUGAGGCGCGGUGACUGUCAAGUUAAACUACCAUCAGUCGUCUCUCUUCAAUGAGAGAGCAGCUCGAAAUAUGAAGUUGGAAUAUGGAACUUUACUCGGAAUUUAACGGUUCUUCAGCCUUAACGAUGACAUUGUUACACAGGAAUCAGCGUCUUUUCCACAACGAAUAACCCAUGAAUUAGUGUCUGAUUUAAGAUUUCAGAAUAAUCAGUCCCUAAAAUAGUCAAAUGUAUUCAGGUCCUUAACCUGAACAUUAUUUCAAUAUGACAGAUAGUAACACUGACUGGGAAUCAGAAUGGAUCUCCAAUCUCAAAGCACCUUAGACAACGAGCAGGUAGCAAUGAAUUGGGAUUAGGGGUGGUGUUGCUGGGCGUGUUGGCUUCACUUUUUUUUUAGGUGAAUCAGUCUUUACACAAUGUCCACUGACUGUGCAUAGGAAUAGUUCGUUCCAAAUUUAAAUAGGGGCUAUACCCUUGAAUGUACAGGAAGGUCACCUCAUCAUUGUCACAGUGCUUUCCCGCCCACGACAGUUUACAAUAGGUGAAAAUGAUAAAUAUAUCAGUGAGUUUAUGGCAGGCACUCUCUAGGAUGUAUCCCACAUUAUUAAUUCAGCAGCUGUUGGUUUAUUAUGAUGCUCAGUGUUGUUUCCAUCCGUGGAGAUCAAUAUUUUGAAAACAAAACGAUUUCAACUUCGCAAGCAACCACAAAACAAAAGAUGGAGAAUAUUUACUUUUCAUAAUCUAAAACUUUUCCUAUAACAAGGAAAUGAAACUCUCCCAAAAACGUUAUCCCUCUCAGUUCUACUCCCAGAGCUGUGAUGUUGAUUGCUUUUUCUGCUGACGUGCCACGCCGUUCUUCCUCAGCUUUCUCAGGGUCACUCCAAUCUCCACAAACAAUCGGCACUUUUACUGGAAGAAAGACAGAAAUUGCUGGAUAAACUCGGCAGGUCUGGCUACAUCUUUGGAGAGAGAAACACAGUUAACGUUUCGAGUCUAGUUCUGGAGAAGUCAUUCCGGACCCAAAACUUUAACUCUGUUUCUCUCUCCGCAGAUGCAGCCAGACCUGCCGAGUUUCUCCAACAAUUUCAGUUUUUCAGUACCUGCAGUUCUUCCUUUAUUUUAAUGUACACUUUCUGAUCCUGCUACGAGCUGAAAUUCCACAACCCUGUGUCUGUUUCAUAAACAAGCCUCUGUCUUCCCAGUCACCUGUGGCCACAGGCUUACUUCCAUUUCACAGAAAUGAAACAAGGUUUUCCAUUGCCUCUCGACAUGGCCCUCCCCCCAAAAACAAAAACACAGUUGUGCAGACAACAGCUUUCCAACACCAAUUUUCCAUGCCCCAGCUCUGACUUUAAAAUGAUCAAUGUGAAUAAAACUGCAUCGCUUGCUAUAUUUGUGAACAGGUGCAGGACUAAGACAUUCCAUCCAUCAAGAAUUCAAUGCUUUUUAAUAAGACCAUGACUGAUCAAACUGUAACCUCAAAAUGAAAUUCUUUCCCACUUCUGAUAAUCUUUGAACCCCACAGUUAACAAGAAUCUACCUCUGCUACCAAUUCAUCCCCUCAGGAUUUUGUCUGUUUCCAUGAAUUCACUAAUGAAUCUUUGAUGAUCCACUGGAAACAAGCCUGGCCAGCCAAAACAUUCCAUCCCUGGUGUUGGGUCAUGAACUUUCCCCUGAACUGCGUCCAUCACAAUAAUAUUCUUCCUUUUAUUAAGGUGACCAAUGCUAUGUCCAGUCAUCUAGAUUCUGUCUCACUGGAGUCUUUUAUAACUGAAGCCGAAUGUACCUACCUUUGUAUUCAGUUCUGCUCAUGAUAAAUUGUAACAUUCCAUUCCCUUUCCUGAUUACUUGGUGUACCUGUACACUAGCCUUUUUGUGAUUCAUGCACAAGGACAGCCAGGUCCCACUGCAUCUCAGAAUUUUGCAAUAUAUCACCAUUCAGAUGAUAUGCUUCUUUUUUAUUCUCCCUGUCAAAAUGGACAACUCCCCACGUUAUAAUUGAUUUGCCACAUUUGUUCCCACUUAGUUUACCAAUCAAUAUACUUUUGCUAGAUUAUUUUCUCCUCCUCAUAACUUACUUUCUU